AAGGAACACCGCCAUGCUCUGGCCGUGUCCCUGGAUCGGUAUGGCACACGCCCCCCCAACGGCUCCCCAUCACAGCCUUAUGAAAAGAGCCCCCGUCCACGUCCUCAACCAUAGUACGGCUCGACAGCCUCAUGACGAAGCAAAGCCAUCAUGAAAAUCUCAUGAGCUCCGUUAGAACUCACGCCCUAGAAUGCCGUCAACAAGCGGAUCCCCCCACGAUGGGAAUUCACGAUGGGAAAACCCUUUCAGCUAGCAAGACACUUUGGAGUUUUCUUUUUCUUCUUUUUCCCAUCCAGACAUCACCACUCCCUUCUUCCAGUUUUCUGGAGAUAUCUCGAUAUGCAGAAAAUAGCCUCACUUACCAGACUCAGCCAAGAUGGAUCAGAAGGAGGAGGAGAAGAAGAAGGAGAAGAAGACCGUUCCGCCUGUCGACUUGAGCAACGAGGAUGAGAUCGAGGAGUUGCCCUCCUCGGCUAUCCCCGCCGCUGUCGCCGCCGCCGCCGCCCGCGCUGCCGCCCGCGCCGCCGGCCGCCAGGCGUUUCUUGCCGGCCACGGCCAUCGCCUCCUCGCCGCCCUUUUUACCGAAGGCCGGUCCCCUGCCCUUGCCCGGCCUCCCGUGUCUGCCGCGCCCACCUCUGCCCGACCCGCUGCCCGUGCCGUGGCUGCGGCUGCUCCUGUUCUCCCUGCUUUCGUUGCUACUCCCGCCUUCCGCGCCACCAAUGGCCUCGCCAGCCCGGAGAGCUCGGCCAGCUCGAGCUCAGCCGACUCAGGCAGCUCGGCCUCUGUCGGCUCCCUCUUCGACGACGAGGAUCUUCAAGGAAGGAGUAGCCAGGGGCUGAACGGCCGAGCCAGCAGGAAGGACCACCGCCUCUGCAAGUUCAAGAUCUACCAGCGCAGGCAAUGCCGAUCCAAGUACGCCAACGUCUAUCGAUGCAGAGGGUACCCCAAGAAUCCCGCCCUCAAGAACUUCCUCUACUGCUCCCGCGAGCGGAAGUGUCUUCACAAGUCCAACUUCAAAGACAAGGACGGGAAGAUCAACCUCAAGAAUUGCGCCAACUGUCGCGCCAGUACUCAGACAGCCAAGAUCAAAGACGAGAAUGAACGAGAGGCCAGGAAUUAG